UCUGCUUUGCAUCUGCUGUUCCUCUGCUCUCAUCAGCCUACCUGGAAGCAAUCUCAUCAGCAUUUCUGGCAGAAAUCUCAUCAGCUUCCUGGCAGCAAUCUCAUCAGCAUUCCUGGCAGCAAUCUCAUCAGCAUUCCUGGCAGCAAUCUCAUCAGCUUCACUCAGCUGCAGCUCUGGUUACUGAGGGAUGCAUUCACACCUGGAUGUCAUCGGAUUCUCAGCUCACACGGUCCCUUCAUUCAGCAUCGUCCAAAACAUGGCUGCAGUCUCCUCUUCCUGUUCACUAAACUCCAACUCUGAGUGCAAAACCCCACCUCUUCAUGA